AAGUAUCAAGUGAUAUUUGGUUGGAAAUGAGGGGCGCCUAGUGAAAUAAGCCCAAAACAAGCUAAAUCAAAACUGCUGACGGAGGCAACUCAACUGGAGAGAGAGAGAGAGACAACAAAAAAAGAGACUAGGCAGAGACACAACAAAAAAAGAGACCAGGCAUGAGGAGAGAGGGCCAGCUGGCUGCUGAUGAAUGCUGUUCUGUAAUCUUCUGGGUGAAGCACCGCACAGCCAGGCUGUACUUUCCUAAUCCAUGCUGUCUAUCUCUAUUCUAUCCGAUCAACCUUAUGCUUCUCUCUGAAGCUCUCAUAAAUUGUCCUUCAUUUUCUUGGAAAAUCUUGGGGAAUGGAAAAUCCAAUUACAUGAAGAGGCAAAGCAAUGCAAGCAUCUCAAGAAAUCUCCAAUUCUCCUCCAGAAGACCAUGCUCCCCAGGGUUAUCUUGAAACUGGGAGUCCCACUGGAGAAAUCGUAAAUUCAGGAACAAGUCGCUCAGAUCGCUCUCUUCAAAUAACUCCUAGGCCCAUAGGUUUUGGAAGUAGCCUCAGUGGAAAAGGCUUAUUGCAGUAUCAGGAUACUAUGAAUGGUGUUACUUCAUCCUUUCUUCUGACCUUAAGCUUGAAGAAGAAGUUCACAGAAUGUAAUGGUGAAAGAAGUCCUCUCCUAAAUUCAGAGCCUGCACCAAACCUGCCUCCUUCUGUUUCCAGAUCUGUUUCAGGAAGUAUAUUGGGUGUACGUUUUCAUUGCUUGGUUUGAAAUGUUGAAAUUAUUUCAUGCACUUUGGUGGCAAAGGAGAUCACACAGACGUUGAUUGGAGGAAAGUAUUUUAGACAACUGUCCUGCAUUUUUGGGCCACAAGUUAACUGGUAGAACUUUAAGAAAAAUAAAUAUUAUCUUAGUACUCCAAAUAGAACAAAAGGAUCCAAUCUUAAUUGUAUUGUUAUAUGCUUUCUGUGUGCUAUUCUUAUUAUACACCAUUAUGCUGUGGAUAAGUGCUUUUCUCUUGAAUUCGUUGAAUUAUGCAUCAUGUCUGUGUGGAUAAGUGCUUCUUUUGUUUAAGCAUCACUUCUAGUGGCAGAAACCAUCAUUAUGUCCUGUAGUUACGGCUACUGAAUUGCUAUGUGUAGAUUGCUUGUUGAGAACUCCCUAUUUUGUGAUAAAAAGCGCUUCCUCCUCAACUAUGGUAGCCAUUGUAUUAAUUUUUCUUAUUCACUGCCCUACUACAGUACAUCACAAAUCUCAGCUUUAAAUGCAUUGUUUUUGUUAUUUUUUCUAUUAUAAUUAGUCUGUAGGCUUGACAUAUUGUAAUUUGAUUUAUCAUUGCUCUUGCAGAGAGGGUCAGUUCAAGCUCCGGUUUCAAGGUCUCUCUCUGUCCCUGGGCGAAAUUGUGUUAUUGUGAGAUCGUUUUCUUUUGCUACCCAUGGAGAGAAUGGCCAAAUGGAUACUUUUGAUGAUGAAGUAACUCCUGUUCCGUUGGAAGAGAAUGAUGAGGAGAUUCCUGAAGAGGAAGCAAUAUGGGGGAUUUGUUAUGGGGCAUGUGAUGAAGGAAAUACACUCAUGAUGGAAUGCAGUUGCAAAGGUUCCCUUAGAGGUAUUAUUGAUGAAGAAUGCAUUGUAAAGUGGUUUAGGAUGAGAGGAAGGAAGCAAUGUGAUGUCUGUGGGCAAGAAAUCUCCAACUUACCAGUAAUAUUGCUUCGAGCACCGACUUCCAUGCAAAUAAACAAUAUGUUGGGCCAUAAUCCACAGAAUUUGAAUUCAUAAAGCAUGAGUGUCUUGCAGGGCAUUGCGAUGCUCGUGGUGAUCCGCUCAAUAUGCUAUUUCUUAUUUCUUGAGCAGCUACUGGAUUGGAAUACUUCUUCUUUGUGCUAUCCCAAAUCUCGUGCCAUCUUGUGGAGGAAGACAUUUACCAUGCAGCUUUUCACAGUGAUCAAAUAUAUAUGGACAUAUGCGGCUCUUCAAUUUGCACAUGUGGCUAUGAUUCUUUUCCUUUUCCAUUUCUUGGGCGAUCUUGAAACUGAGAUUCCAUCUGGCAAUGUCGUAAAUUCAGGGACAAGGCACUCUGAUCUCUCUCUUCAAAUACCUCCUAGGCCCAUAGGUUUUGGAAGUAGCUGUAGCGGAAAAGGGUUAUUGCAAUCCCAGGACACUAUGAUUGGUGGCACUUCAUCUGAGGGCUUUCUUCAGGCUUUAAGCUUGAAGAAGAAGUUCACAGAAUGUGAUGGUGAACGAUUAGAGUACCUUUUUUGGCAUCCGUCAGGCCUGCAUCAAACCUGUCCCCUUUUGUUUCCGCACCUGUUUAAGCAAGUAUAUCGAAUGUACGUCAAUCUUCUUAUGACUUGGUGUGAAAUGUUGAAGUUAUUUUAUGCACUUUGGUGGCCAAGGGGCUGACAUAGAUGUUGAUUGCAGAGGACUAUUUUAGGAAAAUACCCUGGAUUUGUGUUUGGGCCACAAGUUAACUGGUAAAACUUUGAAGAAAAAACAAAUGUUAUCUUAAUACACCAAAUUGAAAGAAAGUAUCCAAUCUUAAUCGUAUUGUUAUAUGACAUUGUGCUCUGGAUAAGUGCUUCGCUUUUCUCUCGAAUUCAUAGAGUUAUACCCGUUAACAAAAGAAGCUUCAUGUCUCAGUGGUAGAAGCCAUCUCUAUGUCCUUUAGUUAUUGCGAGUGAAUUGCUAUAUGUAGAUUGCUUGCUGAGAAGUCCAUGUUUCAUGAUAAAAAAGCACCUUCUUCUCAACUAUGGUAACCAAUGUAUUAAUUUUUCUUAUUCACUGCCUUUCUACAGUACGUUGCUAAUCUCAGCUUUAAUCGUGUUCCUUUUGGAGGUUUUUUUUUUAUGUAUUGUAAUUUGAUUUGUUGUUGUUUUUGCAAACAGGAUCAGUUUAAGCCCCAGAAUCAAGGUCUCUCUCUGAUUGUUCAGAAAUAAUGAGGACUUUGUGACACUCAUGCUGAUUAGCUCAUUCUGCUGUUUCUUCUUUCUUGAGUUCCUACUUAUAUCCAUCAAGCAUGCAAGCACAUAUGCGGCUCUUCAAUUUGCACUUAUGCCUCGUGGCUAUGAUUCUUUUCCUCUUCCAUUCCUUCGGUGAGUCAUACUUCCAACAAUUGUUAGAUUUGAUAUCAUAUGGUUUGUUUCAUUGCCUUUUAUUUUGCAUCCCUAUAUUUUGUCGCAAAAUAAAAUUAAUUUCUCUUGCAGUUUUAUUUGAUCGUAACAGGGUUUGAGUUUUUGAAAACUUGAACUCUCCAACUAAAGUACGAAUAUAAAGCAAGUUGAGGCUCAUUGACAUCGCAAAACCCAAAAGAACGCUGAUAAUUGGUCCGAGAAUUAUCUUUAACUCUUUUGAAUGCAUAUGAAAAAUUAUAGAUACACCGCCAUCAGUGUUUAACUAGUAUGAGUAAAUAAAAAUCAUUCAUUCUCCUCAAAAUCAGCUUUAUGCAGGGCUAGAGUUUUCAAAAGCGUGGAACUCUCCAACUGAAGUGUCAAAUAUAAAGCUAGUUGAGGCUCAUUGACAUUGCAAAAGCCAGAAGGAACGCUGAUAAUUGGUCUGAGACUUGGACUGGUUUGGCUUCAGAUUUCGAUCCAAGUUCUCUGACCAAUUGUCAGUGUUUUUUUUGGGUUUUGACAUGUCAAUAUAAGUCCCAACUCGCUUUGUAUUUCGUACUUCAACUACAAAGUUCAAGUUUUUGAAACUCUAGCCAUGCAUAAAGCUGAUUUUGAGGAGAAAUAAAGGUUUCGAUUUUCUCAUACUAGUUUUGCACUGAUGCUAGUUGUGUAUAUACAAUUUUUGCAUAUACAUUCAAAAGAGUUAAUGAUAAUAAGCACCAAGUUUUCUAUCAAUUGCUUGUUAGCCUCUUUGCUUGUUGAUAUAUUCAUCUACCACAAGUUCAACAUUACCAACCAACAAAACUAGUGAUUAGAUUUUGCUACAAAGGUGUACUAAGUUUGUGAGAAUCAACUAAUGUUGUAUUUAUACGUUGAUUUUA